UUCGACCUUUUCGAGUUCAGUAGCAGUUGGAACUUCCAUUGAGUUAGAGUUCGCGUGGAAUGUGGUGGUUGGCGGAUUCAAAUUCAACUCAAAGUGUGUUUCUGAUUGUGUCCUUUAAAAGUGCAUUGAAGUUUAGUUGAAAUAUGCGCUUCAUCUGUCCUUAAUUUGAAUAUAUUGGAUGUGUACAUGGUUGUAUCCAACAUAAAAGCAAAUGGAAAAGUUUGGGGCGUUUAAAAAAUACUGUUUAGUAUAUGCAGGUCCACCCAAAAUAAUGCAGAUAGAAAAUUGUAUUUACACGGUACAAUACUGCGGUCUUUGGUGCCAAGAAAAAUGAAUUCAAUAUAUGUUUUGUGUUCCACAUCUACAAAGAGUAAACAAAGACCAAACAGUAACGGUUGCAUAAAUAAAUGAAAAAUAUAAUAAAAAUUUACAAAGCGGAUAUUAACGACGGUGAGCGAGAGACUGAAUGAGGAAAACAGAAGGAAUGAUAUCAGUAACAAUAGAACAGUUAUCCUAUGGAAUGGUAUCGGGUGAGGUGCUGUACGGCUCGAGUAUUUGCAGUUGUGAAGUGAUCUCUCCAAGCAACAGUAAAUAUACGUGGCUGUGCAAGUAGCAAAGAAUUGUCGUGUGGCUUUGGCCGGCAGCCAAAACAAAUAGUGAGGGAAGAGUUAGAAAAGAAGCCACCCAGUGUUUGCUAACGUAUUUGGAGCGGUAGAACAGCGUGCCGAUGUCGGUUGCAACUGAAGACCAACAGUUCAACUAAAGCACACAACAACAGUGAGUAAUAAAAGUAUCAGUGCAGGAAUAGUGGCUAAAUACUUUGGUUUGUGGAAUUUGUGGAUACUGCAUUUUGACCCUAGAAUGUCGUUUCGUUUUGACAGUGUGUGACUGUACGCGGAAAAGUAAAAGUUUUGACUUCAGUGUUUGUGAACGUAAUCACGAGCAAAGUUUACCCUAAGGGCUCGAAUUGUUCUAUUCCCGUUCAGAAAAGGAAAUCCGGCGCACUAAAGGUGGAAAACAAUGGCGGCAUAUGUAUAUCAUAUUCUACUGUUUUUUUUCUUCGCCCAGGAAACGGCUUACGGUACAUCAUUUGGUCAUUCAUUCUCAGAUUCACUAUCGGAUUCUGACUUGAUUGACAAUCCGCCGUUGACUCAACCAAAGUUUACUUCCCGUGCUCAAUCGAUACGGGCAGUUAUUGGCGAUUCUAUCACGCUGCCGUGCGAUGUGGACAACCUAGGUAGUAACAUUCUUUUGUGGCGUCGAGGAAGUGCUGUGGUAACGGCUGCCAACCUUAUCAUUACGAGAGAUUUGCGGUUCAAACUUCUUAAAGGAUACACGCUGCAAAUCAAAAACGUUCGCCCGCAAGAUGCUGGCGAUUACAGCUGUCAGGUAGGUGAUCAUGAUAACCGGGAUCUUGUGCAUACGGUAGAAAUUCUAGUGCCACCUUCGGUACGAUCCAAUCCGGAAACUGGUCAUGUGACAGUACGGAAGGGUGGCACAGCGACGCUCGAAUGCAAGGCCAGUGGCAAUCCGGUGCCGAGCAUCAGCUGGAACCGAAAGGACUCAUUGCACGACACAUCCCGUUUGGCUGAAGGACCAACGCUGUUACUAGAAAAUGUGAACCGACAGGAUAGUGGCACUUACCGGUGCUAUGCGGACAAUGGUAUCCGGGAGCCCGUGUUUGUCGAUAUGCAGCUCAUCGUACUCUCUCCACCAGAAAUUACUGUCGAGAAGACUUGGGCUCAUGCAGGUGAAGGAUAUGAAGCUCAGUUAGUGUGUACUGUUCAUGGAGACUCAACACCAGAGAUGAUGUGGUAUCAGGAUUCCUUCCUCCUCCAUCCAAAUGAUCGACGAACGAUGGACACUAGGGGUGAUAAGCAUUACUUAGCGAUUCGAAAUGUGCGCCCAUCUGAUUUCGGUAACUACAGUUGCGUAGCUGAAAAUUCACUUGGUCGUGCCAAAAAAUAUAUAGAGGUAUCCGGUCGUCCCAGUCCGGCCCAGUUCCAUUCACCUAUGUACAGCCGCUAUCGGGAAAUGUAUAACCUAACAUGGAGCGUUGAAUCAUUUCUACCGAUUGAGGAAAUACGUUUGCUCUAUCGAAAAUUGAUGAUGAACGAGUCUUAUCAGCAUCCAGGCAGAUGGCACGACGUCAUUCUGAACCCACCGUCGACGCGGACCGAGUCCUAUCGGCACAUCAUGACGUACACCAUCCGAGGUUUGGAUCCGAAUUCAGUGUACGAAACGAUUGUGCAGGCGAAAAAUCGAUACGGCUGGAAUGAGGUCAGUGAUAUAUUCCAGUUUUACACAUUAAGCACUGAUAUGUCUGAAGAGGACGUCGAACAGAUAUUAAGUUCUACGGUCUUCGGAAACCCUUUCAGCUGGGCAAGCAGUGUUCAACCCUCCCUGAAUCGAAACUGGAUGCUACUAGUUACAGCUGUGUUGUUUAUGGAGUGUUUUUGUUCGCUCUUUUGACUUCGUUAAUGCAUGUUUUCUACGAUAAAACUCAUUCUUUGAUUUGUUAAAAUCAAAUCAGAAAUUUGAUACACCAAGAUACAAUUUAGCGUCAUAAGAUAUUGUACUGAGUUUCAAAAGAAAAAAGAAAGUUUCAAAAAAAUAAAUGAAAAAUAAAAAUUUAGAUGGUAGUGCAUAAGCAUUUGAUUUUCAAUUAAUCGAAUGAAAACUUUCCUACAAAGAAUAUUAUAAAAUUAGAAAUAUUAUAAAAUACAAAAGCAGGUGUAUUGAGGUAUUGAGUACAGAAAAGUCAAAGGCAAGCAGAUGCAUUGAGAAGAGAAGUCUGGAAUGUAAUCUUCGAAACCAAACGAAACAUACAAAGUUAGUGUAAUUUAGAUUUAAGUAUCUAGAUAUCUAUUCUAAGCCGUAGUGAAAAACCUAGAUUAAUCUAGGUAGUUCUUUGUGAACAUCGGAAAAAAAACUAAAAUUACAAAUCAAAACGAUUUUUUUAAUAAAGCUAUCUUCAAAAACUGUA